AUGCCUCGGAUGCAAAUCUCACACGCCUCUCGCAGCGGGACACCCUCCGUCCACGGUAAUAAAGCCAUUGCGAAUGCUUUCACCGGCAACGACGUGUACAUUGACCCUGUCCUCGGCGCGGAAGGGAUGUCGAUUGCCAAUGUCACUUUCACUCCAGGGGCUCGGACGCACUGGCACACACAUGAAAAGGGUCAAAUUCUAAGAGUGGUCACCGGCGCGGGUUGGGUAUGUGAUUUUGGCAGUCAACCGGUCAAGAUCAAUGUUGGAGAUGUUAUCUGGUGCCCGCCUGGCACCAAGCAUUGGCAUGGAGCAGACAACGACAGCUACAUGUGUCACCAGGCGACCUCCUUUGGCGGGGUCACCUGGGAAGAAGAGGUCGGGGAUCAGGAAUAUGCAAAGAAAGCGGCGUGA